GGCAGAACGAAACACUACGUGGAAAAAGAUGUUGUUGUAAUAGUUGAUAAACAGAUGGCGGCACUUUAGUAGUAAACAACAUGGCUCUUCGGCGAUUUAACUUCGGUGUUACGUUAUCAUCAUGGAAAAUGAAAUAUUCAACCCACAGCGAUCCUCUGGGUACAAAUUUAAAAGAACGGCAAGCUCAAAUGAUGAAGAAAGGUUUGCCGGUCAAGAAACCGAUUGAAGGUGUGAAAAAUGUUAUUCUAGUCGCUUCUGGUAAAGGAGGUGUUGGCAAAUCAACCGUGGCAGUGAAUCUUGCUCUUGCCUUGAGUCGGCACUUGCCUUCCCAAGAUGUUGGUCUGCUAGAUGCAGACAUAUUUGGACCUUCGAUACCCACCAUGAUGAAUUUGUCUGGCAAUCCUCUGUUGACUGAUAAGAAUCUCAUCAAACCUCUCGUCAACUACAACAUCAAAUGCAUGUCGAUGGGAUUUCUUGUUGACAACAAUGCUCCAGUCAUCUGGAGAGGUCUCAUGGUCAUGUCAGCUAUCGAAAGACUUUUGCGUCAAGUCGAUUGGUCGCCUUUAGAUUACCUGAUAAUAGACAUGCCACCAGGCACGGGCGAUACCCAGCUCUCCAUAGCGCAAAAUAUCCCAGUGGCCGGUGCCAUUAUCGUCACCACCCCACAGGAAAUCGCGUUAAUCGAUGCCCGCAAAGGGGCGUUAAUGUUUCAGAAAGUCGGAAUUCCCGUCGUGGGACUUGUCAACAAUAUGGCUUCCUAUGCGUGUCCAAACUGUGGGCAUCACAGUCAUAUUUUUGGCGCCACAGGCGCUGAGAAACUCAGCAAAGAAAUCGGUGUAGACGUCUUGGUAGAUAUACCGUUAGACACCUCUAUAAUGGAGGCUGCCGACGGAGGCUAUCCCAUCGUUAUCUCUUCUACAAGCAAUAAUCCUCUGGUCCAGGCGUACAUGUCGUUAGCCGAAAAGGUUCUUAGUCGAUUGAGUGCUAUUAAGGAUGAGCCGAGCCGGUGAGAAGAGAUAGU